GCAGUUAUUGAAGCUUGUCGUCCUCUCAUUUCAUCUUUUUAUACUUCAACAAAGAUCCUAAACAGAGACAUCGUCAUGUUGAGCAUUUUUGGGAUUGCACUGCUUCUUCUUUGUCAUGGGAAUGCCCUGAUCUCUGUGAAAACAGUUGAGCUCGGUGAACCAGGGAUCCUGACAUGUCUGCUGCCCGAUCUUGAGUAUAGUAACGCACGAGUCAAGUGGUACAAACAGAGCACCGAUGAUACGCUUGUGCUCAUCACUACUCUGAUGAAAAAUACUGCAAACCCUAGAUUUGAAAAAGGAUUUCCUUUGUCAAGAUUCAGUGCAAACUAUACCACAACCAUGAGCACCCUGACUAUUUCACAGACUGUCUCAGACGAUGAGGCUCUGUAUCACUGUGCCAUAACAACCUGGACUGAGGAUCAGUGGAGAGGAACAUAUUUGUCUUUAAAAGGAAACAUCAGAAAGGCAGCAGACCAUACAGUUGCUCAUUUGCUGACAGUUUCUCAUCCAGAAGACUCAGUAACUCUCCGAUGUUCAGUUGUCUCGGGCUCCCUAAAGAGGUCCUGUCCCGGUGAACACAGCGUGCACUUGUUUGGAGCCAGACCAGAUAAAUCACAUGCAAUCAUCAAGACUAAAGGAAAUAGAGAUGAUGGAUGUGACAAGAAAUCUAAUGGUGAUUCCUCUCCAAAGAGCUGUGUUUAUCACUACUCCAAGAACAUCAGCUCCGCUGACAAUAAGACUUACUAUUGCGCUGUGGCCACGUGUGGAGAGAUUUUAUUUGGAAAUGGAACCAAACAGGACACUGAAGGACUCAGCUUGUUGCCCUUUGAGUUAAAGAAAGAAAAUCUGGUUUUAUGUCUGCUGAGUGUGAUCCUGGUUAUAUGUGUGAUUGUAAUGGCCCUCAUCAUCUAUGGCAUCAAGAAAAGCAAAUGUGAUUGUUGCAAUGAUAAAGAUGCAGUUUCCCUGCAGGAAAAUGUUGCAAAGAUGCAUUCAAAGAGAGAUGGAGAGAUGUGGAUGUAUACUGCUGUGACUUUUAACUUGAUGAAAACCGGCUGUGGUGGAACAAGGGAUAAAAAUGAAGUGGACCAAGAGAGGAUCUACGCUGCUAUCAAGGCUUUUGGAUGGGAUUAACUCCUGAAAUUGAGCUGUUGGCUGGCAUCUAGCACCAGAUAUUGAUGCAGAAGCUGCUGUUGGAGUGAAUGUUGCUAUAACUGGCUGACAAUGUGGUGUUAAUGUCUUCUUUUUCCCUUUUUUUAGAUAUGCAAAAAUGCAAGUAGGAUUAAUAAAAGUAUAAGUAAGAAAAGAAUUUUGGCAGACUUAGUCGUGUCUUUCCUCUAAAAGAUCAGAAUCUGAAGACAAUCUCACCAUGUCUUGUAAAAUGUAUAGAUUGUACUUAAUAUUUAAUUGCAAGUAAAUACUCAUUGGACCAAAUUUGUUUAUUUCUGUGCAUAUAUUUUAUAGGAAUUGUUUUUUUGUUGUUUUUGUUUUUUUUGUUUUUUUUACCAUACUUCACUGACCUUGAUUUUCACCAUAUUAAUGAAAAAAUAUAUAUAAGUAACAAAAGUAAAAAAGUAUUGGGAUUUCCCCCAGUAUUAUUCUAGGGCUUACAUUUUGAAUUUCGAAGUAUUUCAAUGAGUGCACCAUAAAGGGUCAAAAACCUAUAAGCUAACCAGUGUUAAUUUUGACAGCUGUUUUUAAUUUAGUCUCAGUCUUAGUCUUUUAAUUGCAUUUUAGUUUAAGUCAUAUUUCAGUCAUUUCUAGCCUUAAGAGUUUUGGUCUGGUUUUAGUCGACGAAAACUCAACUUUUUAGUCUAGUUUUAGUCCAUAAAGUCCUCAGAUUUGCUUUCUGCAACUGAGAGGCAGAAUGGAUACAGAUGCAUUUUUUUUUUGACAGA